AUGGCCAGCUACCCCGAGCCCGAGGACGCCGCGGGGGCCCUGCUGGCCCCGGAGCCCGCCCGCGCGGCCAAGGAGCCCGAGGCGCCGGCGCCCCCGAGCCCGAGCAAGGGCGGCGGCGGCGGCGGCGGCGGCGCCGGGACAGCCCCGGAGAAGCCCGACCCGGCGCAGAAGCCCCCGUACUCGUAUGUGGCGCUGAUCGCCAUGGCGAUCCGCGAGAGCGCCGAGAAGAGGCUCACGCUGUCCGGCAUCUACCAGUACAUCAUCGCCAAGUUCCCGUUCUACGAGAAGAACAAGAAGGGCUGGCAGAAUAGCAUCCGCCACAACCUCAGCCUCAACGAGUGCUUUAUCAAGGUGCCGCGCGAGGGCGGCGGCGAGCGCAAGGGCAACUACUGGACGCUGGACCCGGCCUGCGAGGACAUGUUCGAGAAGGGCAACUACCGGCGCCGCCGCCGCAUGAAGCGGCCCUUCCGGCCGCCGCCCGCGCACUUCCAGCCCGGCAAGGGGCUCUUCGGGGCCGGAGGCGCCGCGGCUGGCUGCGGCGUGGCGGGCGCAGGGGCCGACGGCUACGGCUACCUGGCGCCCCCCAAGUACCUGCAGUCCGGCUUCCUCAACAACUCGUGGCCGCUCCCGCAGCCGCCCUCGCCCAUGCCCUACGCCUCCUGCCAGAUGGCGGCGGCCGCGGCGGCGGCGGCGGCGGCGGCCGCGGCCGCGGGCCCGGGAAGUCCCGGCGCGGCCGCGGUGGUCAAGGGGCUGGCGGGCCCGGCCGCCUCGUACGGGCCGUACUCUCGCGUGCAGAGCAUGGCGCUGCCUCCGGGCGUAGUGAACUCGUACAACGGCCUGGGAGGCCCGCCGGCCGCGCCCCCGCCGCCGCCGCCGCCGCACCCCCACUCGCAUCCGCACGCACACCAUCUACACGCGGCCGCCGCCGCGCCCCCGCCGGCCCCGCCGCACCACGGGGCCGCCGCACCGCCCCCGGGCCAGCUCAGCCCCGCCAGCCCGGCCACCGCCGCGCCCCCGGCGCCGGCGCCCCCCAACGCGCCCGGCCUGCAGUUCGCCUGCGCCCGGCAGCCCGAGCUCGCCAUGAUGCAUUGCUCUUACUGGGACCACGACAGCAAGACCGGUGCGCUGCACUCGCGCCUCGAUCUCUGA